AUGACCGACAGGCUAACUCAAUUACAAAUAUGUCUCGACCAGAUGAUGGAACAGUUCUGCGCAACAUUGAAUUAUAUUGACAAAAAUCAUGAUUUCAUGCCUGUUGAUGAAUCUGAGGCUAAAAUGGCAGACAAACAUGCUGUAGUGGCUCCCCCAGAGGAGUUUUCAAACACUAUUGAUGAGCUAUCAACAGAUAUAAUACUUAAAACGAGGCAGAUUAUGAAACUUAUUGAUUCCUUGCCUGGGGUCGAUGUUUCUGCUGAAGAACAGAUGCACAAGAUUGAUGUAUUACAAAAAGAGCUUGUAAAGGUGGAAGACCAAAAGAUAGAAGCCAUCAAAGAGAAAGAUAAACUACAGAAAGAUGUAAGUGAAAUGAUAAAGUUUUUCGCUGGUGGAAUUGCUGAAUCUAGAGAAGCUCUUGUAUCGACAGCCACAAAGGACUCUUUGCAAAUUGGUGGCAACGCUUAA